AUGGGAGCUCUUGAUCAGAUCUACAGCUACGUCAGUGCUUUGCGUACUCACCGGCGACCGGCCUUUAGACGAUGGCGCGAACCAACGCUCAAGUUUUUCAGCCAAGGCUUUGGUGAUAUGAAGCGCGUCACCGAAUUGGAAACGCUAAUCUACGCUCAGGGCUCGGCAGCCUUCUCAGAUAUUGAUCAGCUAUCUUGGGAGGCACCCAAGGAGCAAGGGGUUCUGUACACUCGGCGAGCCACAUGCCGCAGCCCUCUUGCCAGCUUUCUUCCUGAAGAAUCGGCUAACAUGCACCUGCAACUGGUCAUGAGUCGGGAUUACUUCCUCCCUGGCUUGAAUGAUCCCGAUCGUAUGGACGCAACAGAUCAACGACAGCCAGUUAAAGGCAUCAUGGUUCAUCUUGCACCCACAGGUGAUAUGGGCUUUGCUUUUCGUACCAAGUUGAUGGCCGAGCCAAUGGCCCAGCAAGGCUAUGCAUCUCUGCUUCUGAUCAUUCCCUACUACGGGCGCCGCAAACCUCAUGCCCAAAUCAAGCACUAUGCUUCCACUGUUGCGGACUAUCUCACUUGCUGCUUUGGUAGCUUUGUUGAAGCGGCCAAGUUGACACAAUACUGUCGUACGCAGUUUUCCCAAGUUCCGGUAGGCCUAACAGGCAUGUCCCUUGGUGGGGCGAUGGCGUGCAUGGCAUCCGGUUUGGACCACGGCGACCUGGUCUUGCUUGCCUGCGUUGGGAGCGCAUCGCCCCGUGUCAUGGUCAAUGCCUUGGCCAAGGAUGCAAACUGCUCUCUCGAGGCGGCGCGUGACCGCCUGGCCCAGGUGCUUGGUGAUUUUGUGCUUCCCAUCGAGAGCGAGACAUUGGCCGAGUGCAUGAAGGCGGAAUCCACAACGAGUAAAUUUCAAUGGGUUCCAGGAGGCCAUGUCACGGCCAUGCUCAAUGCAAGCACCAACUUUGUGCCUGCUCUAGACGAGCUCUUUGGGCGACUCGAGCCACAAAGCACGGUCAUCGCAUCGAGCCCAGCAUAA